AUGUUUAAGGUCUGUAAGAAAUUGAAAGCUCUUAAAGCUCCCUUGAUGAAUCUUUUUAAGCAGGAGUUCAACAACAUCUCCAACCGAGUGGAGCUAGCUGAGGCUGAAUAUAACAGUGUGCUUAAUUCUCUAAAGAAAAAUCCUCAGGACCCUUCCUUUCUUGCUCUAGCAAACCGCACUAGAGGGCAGACCAUUAUGCUUAGAAAAGCGGAGUCUAUGAAGUUCGCUCAGCUCAUAAAAAAUAGAUAUCUCCUACAGGCUGAUAAAUGCUCCAGAUUUUUUCAUGCUUUAAUCAAGCGCAACAGACACAGCCGAUUUAUUGCUGCCAUAAAGCUAGAGGAUAGGCAUAACACUUCCUCCCAAGAUGAAAUUGCCCUUGCUUUUGUGAAUCAUUUUAGGAUUUUGUUUAGUGCUCAUGACCUAACUCAAACUCCUUCCAUUUCGAUCUGCAACAGGGGUCCUAAGGUUCCCACCGAUUGCUUUGCAGUCUUACUUUGUCUUACUUCUAAGCAAGAGAUCAAUCAUGCUAUUAUUGCGCUUAUUCCUAAGCAUGAUCAAGCCUCCCAGGUUAACCAUUUUAGACCCAUAUCUUGCUAUAAUUUGUUAUACAAGAUUGUGUCUAAAAUUCUGGCCAACCGCAUAGCCUCAGUGCUUGAGACUAUUAUUGGGAAAACUCAAACUGCCUUCAUUAAGAAUAGAAAGAUGAUGGACAACAUCUUCCUAGUUCAAGAGAUUUUGUGCAAAUAUGCACGGAAAAGAUCCUCUUCGAGAUGCCUCCUGAAAAUUGACUUGCAUAUAGCUUAUGAUUCCAUUUCCUGA